GCUUCCCUCCCGCCAACGUCACCGUCACUGUCACCGUCACCAACUUCCUCCCAUCAUCACCAAUUCCCCCUCGCGCACAACAAAAUGGGCCUCAUCCGCCGCGCCCUCAAGCUCACCACCCUCGGCGGCACCGCCACCCUGGGCGCCUUCUUCUUCGCCACGCGCAACUCCACCUUCGUCCCCCUCCCGACCACCGACCCCAUCUUCCACACCCCGGGCUACCAGACCCUGAACCCGCACAACAACCCCACGAGCCACGACCUGUGCAUCCGCCGCGUGCGGCUGGCGGACAUCAAUCCCUCGCUGCUGGAGAAGAAGGGCAAAUUGACCGAGGCGUUCUGCGCGGGGGUGUGGAGUGGUUGGGGAUACGCCUACCAACGCCGCUACCUCUCCAAGAAAUACGAAUCCCCCGCCACCGCGACGGACCUGUGGACCCGGGAGCAGCUGCGCUCCGCCAACUACGAGGUCGGCACGCGCAUCACCGACCAUUUUGAAGUUGUGGAGAAGACCCCCGAGCGGAUCGUGGUGCGGUGCGGCGACUCCCCCCGCAAGACCGGGGUGCGCGACUCCGACGGGCUGUUUGAGAUCUCGGCGGUGGUCAAGCCCGAGGAGGGGGUCGCCGAGUUUGGGCUGAAGAGUGUGUUCUUCAAGGGGACACCUUCUGACAAUGCGGGGGGGCCGCCUAUGCCGGCGCAUGUGUUUUGGUUGCAUAAGCAGUAUACGAAGUUGUGGAUGGAGACGGGGGUGUGGAAUGUUUUGCGGUGAUUCUUUUGCAGUGGGUGAAGGGGGUGGGGGUUGGUAAAUACCUUGGUUUCUUGGGUGGAUGUACGGGUGGCAGAUGUAGAUGUACUGUAGAUGUGGGAUUUCACUGAAGGUCUAUCUAGUGUCAGUGCAGUUAGAUUAUGCUCUCAACCAUUGGGUCAAUGGGCCUUGGUUUAUUAUGUGGCCAUGUGUCUAGGAAGC